UAUUUCUAUGGUUACAAUUAAUCAUAUUCAUGUGUUCGAUUUCAUAAGUGAAAUAUACGUUUAGCAGAUAUAUUUUCCAAGAUGAACUGCUCGUUGUGCUUGUUUUUAGGUUUUCUUUUAAUUGCUGGUAUCUUUGGUUUGCAAUGUUUUGACUGCGAUGUAAAAGAUAAAGAAAAAUGUUACGAUCCUAUUAACAAUUUAGCCUCAUCAGUGAAUUGCGAGCCCGCGGUAAAAGAAAAUCAAACAUGGCAUUGUUUCACUUUUCUACUCCAAAGUAACGACUCAUCUAGAGAUGGCGUAUACAGAGGGUGUGAGUCGUUCGCCAUAGAAAUUGAAAAUAAAUUGGAGUAUUUAAAAGAACAAAAUCAACUUGCCGGUGAAACAUUAUCAGCCAUCGAAGUAUGUCAAGGAGACAACUGCAACAAAAAGCUUAUUUCCAGCAAUGCCCAAAAUAUUCAAUUGACCGCCUUUACUUUAAUUGUUACUUUUUUAAGUUUUCUACUAUUUAACAAUAUUAAUUAAUAGAUAAAUGUUUGCUUUUGACAUUGUAUAUCAGCCAUUUAAAUAAGCUGCAGCGAAAAUGGUCAAAAUAUACAAUUCACUUUAUUUGUAAUUUUUUUGAAAUUUGCAACGUUUACGAUUCUGACAUUGUACCUAUUAUGUUUAUUUUCCGUUGUUGUUUUGGCAUUGGCUUAUGUUUUUCUAUCUUGAUAAUAAAUG